GGAGGGGACCUUUGCGGGGAUAAAUGGGCAGCGGCCCCUGGAAAACCCAGCAUUGCGGGCAGGCGGCGGCUCUGGGUCCACUCAGCGCAUCCCUCUCUGUGAGGCAGACAUGAGGGCGGAGGGCAUGUCCCUCUUCCUGGCUCUGGGGCUCCUGGUGGCUGGGCUCUGCUCCAGGGUCCACUGCGUCCCAGCGGAUGACCUUGCCUCAAAGAUUGUGACCCUGAAGGACGAGAUCACGAAGCUGCCAGCGCCCAACACCGCCGUCGUCUCCAGCAACACCGACUUCGCCUUCAGCCUCUACAAGCAGCUGGUUUCUUUAAACCCCAGUAAGAAUGUUAUCUUCUCCCCGCUGAGUGUCUCCAUGGCCUUGGCCUUCCUGUCUCUGGGGGCCCGAGGCCCCACCCUGACAGAGCUCCUGGAAGGCCUCAAGUUCAACCUCACAGAGACCCUCGAGGCAGAAAUCCACCAGGGCUUCCAGCACCUCCUGCAGGCCCUCAGCCAACCCAGCAACCUGCUGCAGCUGAACGUGGGCAACGCCAUGUUCGUGGAUGAGCAUCUGAAGCUGCUGGACGAGUUCAGGCGAGAUGCCCAGGCAAUGUUCGCCUCCGAUGUCUUUUCUACCAACUUCAAGGUUCCCAGGGCUGCCGUCGUGUUCAUCAACGACUACGUGAAGAACAAAACGAAGGGGAAAAUCCCGAAGCUGUUCGAUGAACAUGACUCCUUGUCUGUGAUGGUCCUGGUGAAUUACGUCUACUUUAAAGCCAAGUGGAAGACGCCCUUUGAUCCAGAACAUACUAUAAAGUCCACGUUCUACGUGAGCAAGAACAGGACAGUGGAGGUGCCCAUGAUGAGCCUUCGAGGCCUGGAAACACCUUACUUCCGGGACGAGGAGCUGGCCUGCACGGUGGUGGAGCUCCCGUACACCAGCAACGACAGCGCCCUCUUCAUCCUCCCUGACCACGGCAGGAUGGUGGACGUGGAAGCCAAGCUGCUCCCAGAGACGCUGAAGAGGUGGAGAGACUCCCUGCACCCCAGACGGAUAGAUGCCCUCUACCUGCCACGGUUUUCCGUCUCCGGCGACUAUCAACUGGAGGACAUCCUUAAGCAGCUGGGCAUUCAGAAAGUGUUCACCCACGAGGCUGACCUGUCAGGAGUCACAGGGGACCAGAAACUGGGGGUUUCCAGGGUGAUCCACAAGGCGGUGCUUGAUGUGGGCGAGGAGGGCACGGAAGCAGCUGCUGCCACUGGCAUCGCCAUGUUGACCUCGACCCUCCACAGCCUCACUGUUAGUUUUUCCAGUCCCUUUCUGUUCGCCGUAAUCCACAAAGACACUGGCACUGUCCUCUUUUUGGGCAAAGUCACUGACCCCAGCCCUGCCUAGAGCUCCCUUGCCAGUGCCCGUCCCCUCACUAGGAGCUGAGUCUCCUGGUCCCUGGGGGCAGGCUGGGCCCUGUGCACCAAGAAAACCCCCAUCCUGGCACUGCCUGCUCACCCUUGGGAAGGUGACAGUCCCUCCGCUGGUGGCUCCACAUGCCUCUGGAGUCUGCGCCCUGCUCCGUGGAGGCUCUGAGACCUCCCACAGCAAUAAAGCAUCUUUCUGA